CCAGCUUAGUUCUUUAGUUUUGGUCGAAUAAUUGAUAAUUGUUUUUUCUGUUCGCUUGAUUUGAUCACCAUUUAUUUAUUUGAUUUGAAUAAAGAAUAGAAAUGUAACAACGAAAACAAGUUCUAAAACUAAACAUUUAUUAAGAAAAGUUAAUAAAAUUGUAAAAAAAAUCCGCUAAAAGCUAUAAUUUUAAGAAAAGAAAUUGAUGUCAAAAUUGUAUAUGAAUGUGUUUGUGUGCGUGAGAAAGAAAUUUAAUUUUCCAUUAAAACACCACCAACAAACUUCAUUAGCCAGCAGCAGAAACAAGCUGUCAUUAGAAAAAGUGUUUCAUUAAUUUUCGACCUGCUGUGAUAUGUCUUUGCGUCUGAAUGUGUGUUUGCUGCUGCUGCAUUCAGUUCGUGUGUGAAUGACUUCAAGAAUCAGUAUUGAAGCUAGCUAUUCUGCUGUUGUUGUUUUCCUCCUCAAUAAUGUAUUUUUAAAGUUGGUGUCAUCGCACAAAAAAGCCCAGCUUGUUGUUUGAAACGAAAUCUAUUAACUUAGAAACGAGGGUAACAAAAGAAAACAGACAGGGGGCCUAAUGCAGGUUAGAUGAGUUUUGGGGUUGUCGAUACAAGCAAGGAUUAUGAGGACAAUGAACUGGCCCAAGGGGUAUCAUAACUCAAAAAAUUCAUUGGUGGUGUUGUUGUUGUCGUCGUCAUUGAUGUUGUCGGCCAUGAUUUGAUAAUAAAUCAUUUCCAUUUCCAACCACACAUCUCACAGAGAUUCUUACACCACCCACACAAUCACACUCUCGACCUAAAUGCAUUUGAAAUUGAAAACACAAAAUCAUACAGACUCUUUAGACUCCAAACAAAGCAAAAUUGCAAAUAGAAAGUCCCAAAAUAUGGCUAGUAGUUUGGUAAAUGAUGAUGAAGAUAAUGCCAGUUCAACAACGCGUAAUACACAGCAGCCCCAGUCAGCAACGCAGACAAACAAUAACAACAACACAAAUGCCGGUAGUUGUUUGAAUCAACAAUCUGGUAAUAAUAGCAAUAAUAAUGGGGCAAGUGCCGCCAAUACGUCGUCUACUUCAUCGUCCAAUGCCGCCAACAAAAUGCAUCCCAAUGAAGCCAAGGCGAAAAAGGAAAAUCUGCAACAAAGAAAAUUGGAAUUGGAAAAAUUGUUGAAUGAGAAAAAUUGGCUACUGCAGCAGUUGCAAAAGCAGGAGACCGAAAUUCUAAAUGGCAAUUUUGAAUAUAUGAAUUUCAACGAGUUCAUACAUAGCCUGAAUACCCAAUAUAAACAGGAGCAGGCAACUACCGAGUCAACAAUUACAGGUGGCAGUAGUAGUAUUGGUGGUGGUGGUGAAGAGGCCAUCCUGAGACGUAAACCCCUAACGGCCAAAGAAAAUCAACAACAUCACAAUGUUUUGCAUCGCAGACAAUCGGAAAUCUCAAAUCGUUCUUCGGAAUAUGACAAUUAUCCGCAUCAGGAUAACUUAUCGACACAUUCAGAGGGUGCAGCCAGCGGCGGUGGUGGUGCAAGGGGUGUCAGUGGUUCCACUUCCUCGGCGAUGACAAUGCAACAUGCCCAACAGGCACAGCAGCAAUAUAAUGCCAAAUCGGCAUUGAAAAAACGUUCGGCCACUGUGGCGGGUACCACACAACAAUCGGCUACUAGCUUACAAAUGAUAAGGCAGCAACAUUAUAUGGAACACCAACAACAACUGAUGCAAAAUCAUAAUCUCUAUAAACAACAACACUAUCAUCAUCCACAGCAACAUUUGUUCAAACAACACAUUGAACAUCAUCAGGUUUUAAUGCCACAUUUGCAAUAUGCCACACAGAAAUUUUAUUAUACCACCCUGCAGCCGACACAACCAACCACUUCAUCAGCUGCAUCGGUUGGUGGAUCACAACAACAGCAGCAGCAUCAACAAGUUGCCCAGCAACAACAAAAGACGGUGCAGCAACAGCUACAUCAACAACAGCAGCAAUAUGGUCGCUAUAUUAAAUCUAAUCAACUCCCCCAGGGCCAAGUCCAAGCACAGCAGCAGCAGUCACAUCACCAUGCCCAACAACAAUCUCCAAAUCAUUCUCAGCAGCAACAACAACAACAUCACAUGAAUUACAACACCCAAAGCUCGGCAAGCUCAAAUGUCAAUCAUCAACAACAGCAACAGCUACUCUUGACACCCCCUGGUCAUGGAGCAAUCGCAUCACAUAUGGACAAUAUUUCAUUAUAUUCUUUGAACUCUAAUAAUGUGGCCACCCUACACAGACAAGCUCAGCAGCAACAGCCCGUCAUAGUGCAAUGUGAUAAAUAUUAUCUGUCACCCACUUCCCAUCAUGUGUCCCACAACGACGGCGGGGGAUUCAUUAAGUCCAGUCAAAAUAUCAAAGAAUAUAUAUCGCCAAUGAAUUCACCACAGCAGCAUCCGCAACAGCUAAUGGGACACCCGUCAAGAGACAAACGCCUAACUUCACAAACAAAUCUUUCCAAUCGUGUCAAUACUCCAUCCAUAGAUGCCAUAUCGUUGGCACCAUCCUAUGUUUCCAUGGAAACGGUUGACUACAUGACAAUACCAACAUCACAGGCAAACCAACAACAACAGCAACGAUGGAAAUCUCAAACAAAUCUACCCCCAUCUAGUGGGACAACUUCAGCCGACAUGAAAUCAUAUUCCAGUGAUAUGUUGAAUAAUAAUCAAUACUACAAUACAUCCAUACAGCCUCCACCGCCGGGAUCUUCCAAUCAACAUCCGCCACAUGUUACCCAAGUGAAACCCUUUAAGCCCCUCGAUGAUAUUUCCAUAAAUUCAGGAUAUUCCACAGAGACGCAAAAGAAAACCAAACCCAAACAAUGGUUAGAGUCGUCCCUAGAUGGACCAGUGAUAAGACAAACAAAUCAUCACCACAGCCAUGCACAACAUCCAAACGAAGAAAACUACACAGAUCACAAUAGCAAUACCAGCUCUACGGGACAUCAACGUUCAAAACUUUCUUCACAUUCUCUAAAUACCUCAAGGCAUUAUUCUAUGUCAGCAGCAGCAGCUUCUCAUUCUCCGCUGGCGCAUUCCGCCCAAGCCGCAAAAUUAAGUCAAUCCACAUCGUAUCUAAAUCAAAUGGAUGCAGUGGCUACUGCUGGAACACCAGUAAAUAAUAACAAUAACACACCCUCAAUAUCACAAGCCUAUAAUAUAGAAAUUGUCUCACCUCAAACUCCUAUAGCGUAUAAAUUUUUACCCGUCUCAACGGGUAAUACCAAUAAGCCGCCGGCUAGACCACCACUUUAUAUAAAUGCUACAACAUCGGGUACAUUGCAAACGUCGGCAUCUCCCACAACGGGUUUGUUGAGUGGUGUUGCUGGCUCAUCAGCCUCGGCUUUGUCGCCAGAUAUUCGCGUUGAAUCACCGAAAAAUGUCACCGUUGUUCAACCGGCCACUUUUCAGCCCUACAAAGAGGUUACAAAACCUUUUGAAAUGUCCGAUUUUUAUAAAUAUUCGACAAAGUAUCGACAGAAGGAGAAUAACAAUAAUAGUCAAGUGGAUAAUUGAGAAUUGGGGAAAAUAUAAUUGGGAUGGGAAAUUUGAUUAGGAUAGUUGAAUGGAAAAACUAUUGGAAGCUAGUGGAUGAAGUGAAAGACUUAUUUUGUACUGAAAAUAGUUAUGACCUGUCGUCCGAUAUUAUCAUGGUCUCAAUGCUCUAACGAAGUGAUCAAGGACGGGGCAUUACAUAAAGACCUGAAGACUAUGAACCAUUAUCCGAAAAUACUUCUGCUCUCUGUUCCCUUCUGUGUUGUGAUAACCCAUUACCCAAUGAAGGAAAUCUGCUUGUAAAUUUUGUAAAUAGCGUCGUCAGAUUUUAUUUUGGAAAAUUACGUGCUUGGAAUAACAAACCUUUUUUUAAUCGGUUAUCUUUUGAAAGCCAAAUCAGAUUGAUUUAGAAGCGGUCCUUUUAUUUUAGAACUUCUUCCGUGCAAAUGUUUUGUGUUAUCGCAAAAUGAUUACCAAGCUUAGUGCAAACGCCAGUCCCUGCACUCGGACACCUCUGGCCCAUUGGGUUCAAUCUGGACAUCCGCCUGUGUUUGGAAGAAGCUAAGUUUAGAAAGACUCUUGGGAAUUCUUGGAUUCUUGGGAUCCUCGUAGGGUUCGAUCCAAUUCAGUAGGCUCCUGUCUUUCAUCGUGUUUUGGUGUGAAAGUUGGAUAUAUACAUCUUAAGAGAAGCUAAGACGUUCUAUCUCGUAUUAUUCAAAGAGCCGGUGUCUUUGGUUGCACAGCAUCAAACACCGAACGUCUGCAAACGCCAGCCUCUCCACUCGUCCACCUCUGUCCCACUGGGUUCAUUCUGGACAUCUGCUUGUGACUAGAAGAAGCUAAGCCAAGAAAGAUUCUUGGGAAAGUUCUGAGGUUCACAUGCCUUUAUCUUGUUGUUCAGCCAAUAGAUUAAAUGUUUUCUCACCUUUAUUUCUUUCUAGUCUGACAUAAGUAGAAAACUCUACAAUAUCCUGUAAUGCUCUUGUUAGGAGAUAAUACUGCAAAAACGUAUAGAUAGCCUCGGAAGUCUUACCAGAUCUAUUUUUUUUAAAGAGUCGGUGUCUUUAGUUUUGCAGCAUGAAACACCUGCAGAAUAUUUGAUACACAAUCUCUAUCUUUUCAAGCAACACGUUAUGGAUCUAACACUUCCGUUCUGCUUAUUACAUUCAUAAAAAAUUACUGACACUAGCGCUGGCUCCUCUUACCUGACGAUCUAAAUUAAAAAAUAUUCUUUUAAUUGUACGUUUUCAAUUAAAGAUGUAUGGAGGAAUAUUUUUUUGUUUUAAAAGUUUCAACAUGUUAAACCUGAGUUUAACAUUACUUGAGAUAAAAUCUACAUUGAACAAAACUCUGAGUUAUCAAGAAGGGUUCUUACAUAGCAUCCAUCCUCCUAUUCCAGAAAAAGUGGGCUAUUUUUUUUGUAGAAUUUUAUAUAAAGGUCCGAAUCUUUUUUCGCUAUGGAGAAAGAAGCAACUUCUAAGGGAUUUUUGAAGACAUGUGACAAAACAUUUUCAAAAGGAAGCUCGGCAAAUCUAUUAACAUGUUUUUCUAACGCCUAAAAUAUUAUGUAUAUAUUCCCAUCUCAAUUGUUAGAUUUGCCUUACCUUUUCCUUUUUUGAACAAGAAUAAGCUCCCAUAUAAAAAUGUGUUCUUUCGCUAGAGCAUAAAAUGUGCUCUUUUCAUUUCUAACCCUUUUUUCUCUUAUUAUCUAAGGAGUUUUAUUGUGAGUCGUUUCUAUAAACGGUGAAUCGUAUAAUUCUAAAUACUCUUUCCACUUAAUAUUAUAUUUUCUUUAGAAUUUAUUCUUUUCACCAACUUGUAAGUGGAUUUUGUACGAGAAUCUUCCGCCAAGGGGUGAUUAUUUAAUGCCAAAUCUUUUUUCUAUUAUAUUUCUAAAAAAAUGCAAAAUGUAUUUUUAUAUCUAAAAACAUGUAAAUCUUUUAAAUGAAAACUUUUUAUGUGUGUAAACUUGACAAUGAAAUUGUAUUUAAAAAUUUUAUGAUAAUUUUAAUGUUAGUUUUUUUUUAUUGUUAUAAAAACAUAAGCAUAGCUUUAAGUUGUUUUAUAUUUGAGUAAACAUAAUAAUUACAUUAAAAGGGUUGUUAUGGAAUCUGUUGUAUUGGAAAAUAUGAAAUUAUCUACUCUUACAUUUUUGUUUGAUAUUCAAAAAGUAUUUCUCAUGUACAAACUAAAUGCAAAGUCUGACAAUAUAGAAUGAUUUUUGCAAUGACUUUCAUCUUUGCCAACAUAAACAGAUUCUAUAACAUCCCAAUGCCUUUUCCUCCCCUGCUAGUGUUUGACUUGCCUGUUGUCCACCUCAAUUUUUUUGAAAUACUUUGUGAUUAUUUUUUCAUAACAAAACAAAGCCUACAAUAAAAAACCAGUGUCUUAAAUUAAAAAAAGAAACGUAACAUUUUUUAACAAAAAGUCCCCAAGGAACUUUUUAAACUUAACCACUAAGGCGCCUUAAUAAAACUAAACAAACUAACCAUACUAAUGAUAUUUUUUU